UUCAAACCACUUUUCCUUGGCAUCGCUGAUCCCAACAGUGAUCUGGCUAAAUUAAAACGUGCUGUGAACACGCAAAAGUGUAUCCGUGCUGGAGGAAAACAUAACGAUCUGGAUGAUGUAGGGAAGGAUGUCUACCAUCACACAUUCUUUGAGAUGCUUGGAAACUGGUCUUUCGGAGACUAUUUCAAGAAAGAGAUCAUCACCUGGGCUUGGGAGCUUCUGACGGAAGUCUACGGAAUCCCAGCUGAAAGGUUGUACGUCUCUUACUUUGGCGGAGACGAGAAGACUGGCAUACCGGCAGAUGAGGAGGCCAGGAAAUUACCGGACAAUCGUGUCUUACCGUUCGGAAUGAAGGACAAUUUCUGGGAAAUGGGCGACGUAGGACCGUGUGGUCCUUGCUCGGAGAUUCAUUUUGACCGAAUCGGAGGUCGCGAUGCUUCACACUUGGUCAAUGCUGAUGACCCGAUGGUAGUUGAGAUCUGGAAUCUGGUUUUCAUUCAGUUCAAUAGAGAAGAGGGUGGUGAUCUGCGUCCUCUUCCUGCCAAGCAUAUCGAUUGUGGUCUUGGAUUAGAACGAUUGAUUGCUGUUAUUCAAGAGAAGACGUCCAAUUAUGACACGGAUAUGUUCCAGCCUAUCUUUAAAGCCAUCCAAGAGUUGGAGCUGAUGAUGUUGACGGAAUUGAUAUGGGCCUAUCGUGUUGUGGCCGAUCAUAUUCGAACACUGACAAUAGCCCUGUCAGACGGCGGUCGUCCUGACAAUACUGGAAGAGGGGUGGAGGACUUUCUUUUUUUCCCCGAGCUUCGCCGUGAUCCUGAAACGGUACGAGAUAUCAUCAACGAUGAGGAGAGACAGUUCUUGAAAACGUUGUUGCGUGGUCGUAGGCUGUUCCAACGUGCUGUCGCAGGUCUAGGAACUGAUGAGAAAACCUUCCCUGGUGACGUAGCCUGGCGUUUAUACGACACGUACGGUUUCCCUGCUGAUUUGACCCAACUUAUGGCAGAGGAGAAAGGGCUAAGUGAACUGUCGGCUGCUGGAACCGGGAAAUUCCGUGACACGCUCGAUCUUGACGUCCAUGCACUUGCUGAACUGCAGAAGCGAGGUAUCCCUACAACGGAUGAUUCGUACAAGUACAAAUACAAGGCUGACGGACCUAACGAUGGAACUGCUAAGUAUACGUUCGAGACGUGUACCGGCAAGAUUCUUGCCAUUCGUUCUGACGGAAAAUUCGUCGAUUCCAUAGAGGCCGGUGUUGAGGGGGCUUUAGUGCUUGACAAGACGAAUUUCUAUGCAGAACAAGGUGGACAGAUCUACGAUACAGGAGUACUAAUCUCUGCGGAUGAUGAGGGCGCAGAAUUUGUCGUCACAAAUUGUCAAGUUCGUGGCGGAUACGUGGUCCUUGUCGGUUCAACAAACGGAGUUUUGAGAGUAGGAGAUACUGUAGAACAAAUCUUUGAUGGAGAACGUCGUGCGCUCAUUAUGAAAAACCACACAGCUACCCAUGUGCUGAAUCACGCUCUUCGGUGUGUGCUGACCGAUUCCGAUCAGAAAGGGUCACUGGUAGCACCAGAUCGGCUUCGAUUUGAUUUCACCAACAAACAGGCGAUGACAAUCAAGCAGGUAAAAGAAGCCGAAGAGAUUGUGCAGUCGAUCGUAAACACACGUGAACCCGUCUAUGCCAAAGAGGCCCCGCUACCACAAGCUCGUGAAAUUGCCGGACUGAGAGCCAUGUUUGAUGAGAAUUACCCGGAUCCGGUAAGAGUGGUGUGCGUCGGUGUCUGCGUCGGAGUACCCGUAGAAGAACUUCUAGCGAAUCCGAAGAGCGGUGCCGGUUUGAAGACUACUGUGGAAUUCUGUGGCGGAACACAUCUUCACAAUGUUGGACAUAUCGGUCAUAUGAAGAAGCAAUUGCUAAGGGAAUUCCGUCGUAUAGUAGCAUUAUCGGGACCGGAAGCCGAGAGAGCAAUACAUCGAGCAGAAAGACUGGCUGCAAGAGCUCAAGCCAUAUCGGAUGAAAUUAAAGCAAAUGUGAACAUAGCGAUGGAUUCCGAAAAGUUUAAAGCAACGUCGAAGCGAAUCCAGGAGCUGAUUGAUGAAGUCAACGGAGCACAGUUACCGUAUUGGCGCAAGGAUGAGAUCCGGGAACAAGGAAAGGCCGCACAAAGAACACUAGAUGGAUAUAAGAAACAGGCAGACGCGGCCAUUGCUGAAAAAGUUCUUUCCGAAGCUAAAGAGCUGGCUCAAAACGGUAAUCAAGAUGUGGUUGUACAUGUGUUCACAGCUGGUGCAACUAGCAAGGCGCUUGACAAUGCUUUGAAACAACUGAAAAGCACCAAGGCUGUUAUGGGAUUCUCUGUAAAUGAAGAUAGCGGAAAAGUGCUCGUACUGGCCAAAGUGGACAAAUCACUGGUUGAUGGAGGCUUGAAGGCAAACCUCUGGGUGAACGAAGUGUGCACGGUACUAGGCGGUCGCGGCGGUGGAAAAGACGCCAAUGCCCAG